AUGUCAGCUCCAGCCCUCAACGCGCCUGUCGCCGGCCAGAUAGAGAAGAAGCCCGUGAAGUUCAGCAAUCUUCUCCUCGGUGCUGGUCUUAACUUGUUCGAGGUGACCACUCUUGGUCAGCCUCUGGAAGUCGUCAAGACCACAAUGGCUGCAAACCGAUCGGACACCUUCGCAGGUGCCAUGUCGAGAAUUUGGGGCCGUGGUGGUGUUCUUGGAUACUACCAAGGUCUCAUUCCCUGGGCCUGGAUUGAAGCCUCAACAAAAGGCGCCGUCCUUCUCUUUGUUGCAUCCGAAGCCGAAUACUAUGCAAAGACAUUUGGUGCCAACAACUUCGUCGGCGGUAUCACCGGUGGCAUGGUCGGAGGUGUUGCGCAGGCAUACGCCACCAUGGGUUUUUGCACGUGCAUGAAGACCGUGGAGAUCACACAACACAAGCUUGCCGCCGCAGGUGUCAAGCCCCCAUCCACAUUCGCAACCUUCGCGGACAUCUACAGAAAAGAAGGAAUCAGGGGUAUCAACAAGGGUGUCAACGCAGUGGCCAUCCGACAGACCACCAACUGGGGCUCAAGAUUCGGUCUCUCGAGAUUGGCCGAGAGUGGAAUCCGAAAAGUCACGGGUAAGGACGAGCACCAGAAACUGAAUGGCUAUGAGAAGGUUCUCGCCAGUACUGUGGGUGGUGGUCUCUCCGCCUGGAAUCAGCCGAUCGAGGUCAUUCGAGUCGAGAUGCAGAGCAAGACGAUCGACCCCAACCGACCAAAGAACUUGACCGUCGGAAAGACGUUCAACUACAUCUACUCAAAUAACGGCCUCAAGGGUCUGUACCGUGGUGUCACCCCUCGUAUUGGCCUCGGUAUCUGGCAAACCGUGUGCAUGGUUGCUCUGGGAGAUAUUGCCAAGGAAGCUGUCGAGAAGUUGACUGGUGACAAGGUCACCGCGAAGCAUUAA